AAAAAAAGAGGGAGGGGGGCUUGACCGCUUGACACACACACUUUGCUGAUCGUAGCAGCAUUUUCAGUGACAGAUAGGAAAUUGAUCCAUCAGAUGGUGUUUGGGAUUUCAUAUCACGGAGACAUAUUAUAUACUCCUACAAAACAAUGUUUUCUGUCUCGGCGUCGUGGCCGUGGGAGGAGGUGGGAUUGGGAAACUUUAAAACCGCACCCCGGCUACAUACCGGGCAACGCUCACUUGCCGCAGGCCACGCAUCUUGGAGAUGGACAGGUACGCGCCCGCGCUCCUCUGCCUUUGCCUCGGCGCGCUCCGUGCCGGUUCCGCCGCGCCUACCACCACCGGGACCCCCGACGGCUCGGAGCUGUGGGGGUACGUCGAAGUCCGGCCAAAGGCUCACCUGUUCUGGUGGUACUACAAGAGCCCGCACCGGACGUCGACGCCCAGCAAGCCAUGGCCGACCAUCCUCUGGCUGCAGGGCGGCCCGGGCGCGUCCGGCGUCGGGCUCGGCAACUUCCUGGAGGUGGGGCCGCUGGACGUGGACCUGAAGCCGCGGAGCUCGACGUGGCUGCAGAAGGCCGACCUCAUCUUCGUGGUCCGUCCCGUCCGUCGUCGGAGAGCGACGAUAGCCUCCGCACCACACCCCCAGCUCCGUCUUAUAUUCUUCCACGCCACGCCCGCGCGCAGCUAGCUGUCUGUCCUCUGUCGGUGAUGCUUACGUGCGUGUCUGUCCCGGCGUGGUGGUCGCAGGACAACCCGGUGGGCGUCGGGUACAGCUACGUGGAGGACGACAGCCUGCUGGUGACGACCGACUGGGAGCAGGCGGCGGACGCCACCGCGCUGCUCAAGGCGCUGGCCAAGGAGGUGCCGACGCUGCAGGGCAGCCCGCUGUUCCUGGUCGCCGAGUCCUACGGCGGCAAGUACGCCGCCACGCUGGGCGUGUCCGUCGCCAGGGCCGUCCGCGCGGGCGAGCUCAAGGUCACGCUGGCAGGUGUUGCCCUCGGGGAUAGCUUCGUCUCACCGGUGGAUUUCACGGUCUCGUACGUGCCGCUGCUCCUGAGCGUGUCGAGGCUGGAUGACAACGCCGCCGGCGAAGCAAACAAGAGGACUCAGACGGUGAAGGAUCAGAUCGCCGCGGGGCAGUUCGCGGCGUCUCAGGGGUCGUGGAACGACCUGCUGGCCUUCAUAGACACCAAGAGCGGCAGCGUGGACGUGUACAACUUCCUUCUCGACAGCGGCAUGGACCCAGUGUCCACAGACUCGUCGCCGUCGUCGUCGUCGCCCAGCAGCGUGCUGCAGGCGCUGAGGUACUCGACGUACCUCGGCAGCCAGCUGGGGGACUCGUCCGCCGGCUCCUCCAACACCAUCGACGGCAUCAUGAACGGGGUCAUCAAGGAGAAGCUCAAGAUCAUCCCCAAGGACGUCAGGUGGGUGGAGGUCUCCAAUGCCGUCUACUACGCGCUGGUCAACGACUUCAUGAAGCCACGAAUCGACGAGAUUGAUGAGCUGCUAUCGUAUGGUGUGAAUGUUACUGUAUACAACGGGCAGCUCGACGUGAUCUGCUCUACCGACGGCGCAGAAGCAUGGGUUCAGAAGCUCAAGUGGGACGGACUCAAGACCUUCCUGAGCCUGCCCAGGCAGCCUCUGUACUGCGGCCCCGGCAAAGGGACCAAGGCGUUCGUCCGGUCCUACAAGAACCUGCACUUCUACUGGAUUCUUGGGGCUGGCCACUUUGUGCCUGCCGACCAGCCUUGCAUCGCGCUGAGCAUGAUCGGCAGCAUCACCCAGUCUCCAGCCAGUUAGAAGGGUUUUGUUUAUGUCAUACGCAAAGGUCAAAUGAGGAGGACUCUCGAGUACAGUGAAGGUCGCAUAUAUAGUUGAAAGCCAAUUCAGUUGAUCAUGAUACAUGCAUACAGUUCUCCAUCAUGUGAAAGAAAAAAAAUACAGCACUCGCGUGACAGGACAAUAUAAUCAUUUUUUCAGUGAUUUUGUAGUGCGUCGAUUGAUUUAUGUUGCAUCCAAAUUACCCCACUUUACCACCAUUAUGAACAUAAUUCAAACUGAGCCCUUAGCAUA